AUGGACGUUGGAAGCACUGGGUUAGAAUUCUGUGAGGAUCUGUUCUCAUCAGUCACUCCAGACCUGAAAUCUUUGCCGGACGCCCUGCCAAGUUGGCGCUGGGUCUUUCCCACCUCGGAGAUCCGAUACUCUUCGAGGUUUCAGGAGGAUGAGUCCGCGUGGUUCGAAAUUUGGUCCCUCGAGUAUCCCGACGAGCAGCCCGAGCUUGCUCUCGAAGGCCUGCGGGAAUCUGUGUCCCAUAUUCUGACCAUCCCAAUGAAUGAGAUUGAAUGGGUGGGUGGGAAUGCAAGUCGGGUCUUUCUUUGUGGUAUAAGCCAGGGCUUGGUGACUGCUUUGUGGACAUUCUUCUGCGUGAUCGGACAGAUCAAUCAACCUCUUGGAGGUCUGAUAGGCUUCUGUGGUUGGCUUCCCUUUGCUCAGCGAGCGGAGGAUUUGAUGCGCAAGCAACACGCCAUGGCAUUGCUUCCAGCAGGGAUGAGGGGUUCCUCAUUCGCUGGAUUAGGUCGGCUUGACGAUACUCGCGCCAUUCUGCAGUUGUUUCGCGAUGUUCUUGGUCUCUCCGGUCUAGCAAAGCUUGAUCCGUCCACGGAUAUCUCUUUGCUCUCCACACCGGCGAUUCUGAAUCAUGGAUCAGACGAUCCAGUGGUACCCAUCCGGUUAGGUCGUCAAGCGGCCAGAGUCUUACAAUCCCUCACGGUGCCGACGGAGUGGACCUACUUCAGCGGCGCCCAGGCAAAUGGGCACUGA